AUGCAUUCAUUGAGAAGAACUGCUUUCUUCUAUGGUAGUCGGGUCAACGUCAUCUCCCCAUGGUAUGUGAAUACAAACAUUCUGUCGGAUGAGGCGUUCAAGCAUGUUUCCAGUGUUGGGGUAGAGUUUGCACAGGCGGAAGACGCAACGCAGUGCCUGCUGAGAAUCCUCAGCGUCAGGAGUAUCAAUGGGCAUUCCUUCUUUGUCUCAGGAAGGAAAUGUGCAUCCAGCGGAUACAUGGAUCUGGAUCUGGAAGACUACCCGAGUAAUGCGUUGAUUCGCGAGAUCCAAGAGGACCAAAUCAAAUCAGCUCCUGUUGAGCUUGGAUUAUUAGUGUAA